AUGAAGUGGCUUGCUCUUUUUGUGUUCGUAAGUGUGUUUUUGUCGAAAAAUGUUACGCCGUUAAAAGUUCAGCGAUAUCCUUCGAAUCUAGCAUGGUUGUUCGGUUUGAAUAACAAAGCAAACGAAAAUAAUAAGGAAGAAACUCAGACUGUGUGCCAAACUGAGGAAUGCAAAAAAAUCGCUAAAGUAAUGCUAGAAAGUAUGAACAAAUCUGCGGAUCCGUGCGAUGAUUUUUACGAAUACGCGUGUGGAAAAUGGGCGGAACAUAAUCCCGUUCCAAAAGGAAGCCGCUCGUGGAGCUUAUGGCAUAUGCUUCAAAAGAAUGUCGAUCGACAAAUCGAAGACAUUUUAAAGGAAGGAUACAAGGACAAUGAUCUUUUGGCGGUGAAGCUCGCGAAGAAAUGGUAUACAGCUUGUAUGGAUACAGAUGCGAUGGAUAGGCGAGGACUCGAGCCAUUGGUUUCUACUGUAUCGCGUAUGGGCGGCUGGCCGAUGAUAAUGGAUCCGGAUGAAUGGGACGAACAGGAAUAUAGCUGGCAAAAAGUGGAUGAUCAAUAUGUGCGUUUGAUGGGAAGAAACGCUUUUCAUGACGUGCGCGUAUAUAAUUACAACGAGACCGAGACAGCAGUGCAUAUCGACACUCCGCAUCUACCACCGGGUGCGUUCAAACUAUGGUCCGGAAAUACGUACGAUAGCGAUGAAGUAAAUGAUGAUGAGAGUGACCCGAGCGAUGAGGAAAAGCAAAGCGACGAGGACAGCCAGGAGCCUGGAAGUGAAGAUGAAAACGACGACGACAACAACAACGAUACAAACGAACAAAAUAACGAUCAAAAAGCCAAGAAGAAGAAAUCUAUUGACAAAUUGAAUUACAAUUACCGAAAAAAUAAAAAAUCCAUACAUAAUGGAAAAAGGAGUGGUAACAGUAUUAUUAAGAAGCGUAAGGAGAGCCAUACGGAAAAGAAACAAAGGUUAGAAAAACGAGCAAUAAUAACGAAAGUUGAUAGCAAACGUCCGCAACGUUUUACUCAUCGUGAUAAGUUAAAUGUACGAAAGAGUACGAAAAAAGCCUUCGAUAUGAUGCAUGCAUCAACGACGCCGCGGUUUAGUACAGAACAGACGAAUGAUGACUAUGAAGGGAUGAUACGGCAACAAUACGCUGAUUACAUUUCGAAUGUAGCUCACGCUAUAGCUAAAGAAAGAGGCAUGAAAGUCUCGGAGCAUUACAUCAAUAAAGAUAUCGAAGACUUGAUCGAGUUUCAGUUGAAAUUAACUGAGAUUAUUAUGGAGUCUGGCGAAGACUUGGAGUUGACGCUUGAUAACUUUCAAAAUUGGUAUGAUGAAAAAGGAUCCAAAACCGACAACAGUAAAGUUGAUUGGGUAUACAAAAUUACGGAAUUAUUCGAUGAGGCUAACGUGGCCGUAGAUGGUUAUUUAGAUAUAAAAGUUAUUUCACCGGAUUACUUUGGGGCUCUUGUGUCUUUGCUGGACGAGACGUCAAGCCGAACAAUCGUAAAUUAUAUACAUUGGAAUUUCCUAAGUAAAAUAAUAAAGACCACCACCAGCGAAAUGAGAGAAUUGUACAAUGUAUGGGAACUAGUUGGUGAUGAAGAAGUUGAAGAAGUUGAUGUUGAAGAAGUUGAUGAAAAAAGAGAAAGAUCAUCUCAAUGCAUAAGAGAAGUAGAGAUGAGCGACAUUCUAGCGUACGAGUAUGUGAGAAAACAUUUCUCAGACGAUAUCGUAAAAACAGCAAUGGAUAUGAUCGAUGAUAUACAAAAAGAAGUCGAAUAUUUGAUUAAAGAAUCGGAUUGGAUGGACGACGAUACUAAAGAUUUUGUUUUAGCAAAACUAGUAAAUAUGGAUAAAUUAAUUGGAUAUCCAGAUUGGUAUAGAAAUAGCACGAUCGUGAAGCAAUAUUUUCAAGGACUCAUCAUUGGCAAAUCCUACUACGAGAAUACACUCAGUUAUCUUAGAUACUACAAAUGGAAUAAACUUCGAAAGUUGACGCAAGACGAUGAAGCUCUCAAUACAUGGUGGAUCAGCCCUGUGACAUUGAAUGCUCUUUUCGACAUGGAAGGAAAUUCCCUAACUAUCACGGCAGCGGAUUUUCAGAGCCCACUUUUCGAUUAUGGCCGACCACAAAAUAUCAACUUUGGCAUUAUUGGAGUUGUCAUGGCUCACGAAGUUAAUCACGGAUUUGAUGACACCGGGCACUUGUACGAUAAGAAUGGCGACUUUAUGGAAUGGCUAUCUACAAUGGCCGAGGCGUAUAACAAAAGAGCGGAAUGUUUUGUGGAACAAUUUAAUAAUUAUCCUAUCGACAAAAUGUCGAACAAGAAGCUAAAGAACUAUGGCAACCAAACAGCGGGCGAGAAUAUUGCUGACACGAUGGGAUUACAGACUGUAUUUAGAGCUUAUCGAAGAAGAGAAAGGGAAUGUGGAAAACCGGAUGCCGUAUUGCCAGGUCUGGAAGGACUCACCAAUGAUCAACUCUUCUUCCUAUCCUUUGGCAAUUUAUGGUGCGAAUCGACCGAUUCAACCGCUGUAAUGCGACAUGCCAGGAUGGAUUCACACAGUACCGGGCGAUUAAGAGUGAUAGGGUCUGUUUCUAACUCGGAGGACUUUGCCAAAGCCUACAAUUGUCCAGUUGGUAGCGCGAUGAAUCCCAAGAAAAAAUGCAAUAUCUGGAAGUAGCUCAUAAGAGUUGGAUCAUGUCGAGUCAGCCGAGUGCUUAAGAAUGUUUCAUAAAAAUUAUUUAUCCGGCUAUUGAGAGAUAUUAAUAAAGGAAUGCAUUAUAUACGUA